AUGGGCAGCAUUGGGGAGCCAGAUCUUGACUACGAUGUCAUAGUUAUUGGGGCUGGACUCAGUGGCAUUUUCAGUCUUUAUCGAAUGACACAGCUUGGGUUGCGAACUUGCGCACUCGAAACUGGAUCGAGCGAAGGUGGAACAUGGUAUUGGAACCAAUAUCCGGGCUGCAGAUUCGACUCUGAGAGUUGGAGCUAUGGAUUCUCAUUCUCGCAAGAGGUACUCGAUGAGUGGGAUUGGUCCGAACAUUUCGCAGGCCAACCAGAGAUCCUUCGCUACGCCGAGUUCGUUACGAAGAAGUUUGAUCUUCGGCGCUACAUGAAGUUCGACGUGGAUGUUGAAUCAGCUCACUGGAGAGAAGAGAGUCGAUCAUGGCUCCUUACCGACUCCAAAGGCCGUACAUAUUCAUCCAGAUUCGUAAUCACCGCUAUGGGCAUAUUGAGCAAACCUACACUCCCAACGACCAUUGAGGGCGUCCAUGGCUUUGAGCGGGAAUGCUUCCACACUACUCGCUGGCCGAAAGACUGGAGCCCGUCUGGCAAAAGGGUCGGUAUUAUCGGCACAGGAGCAACUGCGAUCCAGAUCAUCCAGGAGAUUGUGAAGAGCGACCUGAAGACUCUGACCGUAUUUCAGCGAACACCAAAUUGGUCGGCACCGCUGCGAAAUGAGCCUAUCACAACGGAAGAAAUGCAAGAGAUCCGACAACGGUAUCCUGAGAUCUUUGAGCGUUGCCGGGAGUCCUACUCCGGAUUUGUUCACAUGCCACACAUGGUGAAAACCUCCGACGUAUCGGACGAAGAACGUAUGGCGUACUGGGAGAAGAUUUAUGCCACCAGAGGAUUCGAGAAAUGGCAAUCUAACUUUUCUGACAUUGGAACUUCCCGUGAAGCCAAUGCACUUGUUAGCAAGUUCUUCGCGGACAAAGUUAGGGAGAGAGUGAAUGACCCGGACACAGCUGAGAAGCUUAUUCCAAAGUGUCAUGGCUUUGGCACUCGUCGAGUACCCCUGGAAACGCACUACUUCGAGGCUUAUAACAAGCCGAACGUGCGACUUGUUGAUAUCAAAAACGAAUCCCCAAUCGCAAAGAUCACUCCUAAGGGGGUGCUACUCGAGACUGGAGAAGAGGUCGAGCUAGACACUCUCAUCUACGCAACAGGUUUUGAUGCCGUCACGGGUCCCAUUUCAGCUGUUGAUAUCCGGGGCGUGGAUGGCGUGAAGAUCACGGAUGUCUGGAAGAACGGCCCUCGCACAUUCCUUGGAUUCCUUACACGUGGCAUUCCCAACAUGAUGAUGGUCAUGGGCCCUCACCAGAUGUUUGGAAACAUUCCUCGAUCGAUAGAGUAUGCGGUCAACUGGAUCGGUACCUUUAUCGAAUAUUGUGUGAAGAAAGACAUCACCCGCGUAGAAGCCAAGCAGAAGAAAGUGGACGAGUGGACGCAGCAUGUCUUUGAUUGCGCCCAAGGUCUACUGGCCAACGAGAUUGACUCGUGGAUGACGGGAGUCAAUACCAAUGUCAAGGGGAAGCAACAUCGGAUUAUUGCUCGUUAUCAGGGUCCUGGUCCAGGUUUCAGAAAGAGGAUAUUGGACGUUGCUGCGAGGGAGUACGAAGACAUAAGCAUGUCGUGA